AUAUUGUGUUGAAUAUAAACUAAAGCUUUGAAAUAAAUAAAAAGUUUUAUUUUAUAAGGAAAUGGAAAGAGUCUAGACAAGAAAAUCGACCCUUUCCGAUGUGGACCAGCACCGCAAAAUUAAACAAACGUUUUUAACUUGUCGGAUUGAAUUUUAUGUGUAGGGUUGUGAAAGACUUUCGCAUACAAGCUCGACUAUAACACGCUUUGGAAAUGGAGCAUCUGGAUCUUGCGGUCUAUCUUGGCAGCACAACCCAAAGUUGGAAUUGUCUGGGCGCAUUUGAUCAGCAAGAUAUUGUGUUGAAUAUAAACUAAAGCUUCGAAAUAAAUAAAAAGUUUUAUUUUAUAAGGAAAUGGAAAGAGUCUAGACAAGAAAAUCGACCCUUUCCGAUGUGGACCAGCACCGCAAAAUUAAACAAACGUUUUUAACUUGUCGGAUUGAAUUUUAUGUGUAGGGUUGUGAAAGACUUUCGCAUACAAGCUCGACUAUAACACGCUUUGGAAAUGGAGCAUCUGGAUCUUGCGGGCUAUCUUGGCAGCACAACCCAAAGUUGGAAUUGUCUGGGCGCAUUUGAUCAGCAAGAUGCUGUUUACUUGUCCAGUUCUCGGCAAAUCUUGGAGCCCAUCAUGGAGGAGACUAGCGAAGACGAGGAACAUGGCCAGUGCACCUGGAGUGGCUGCCCAGAGCAGCGCUUCAGCUAUUGGAGCUCCAUUAAGUCUGAAUCGGGCACAAUGGUACGCAUAGAUGUGAUUAAGGAUGUCGAUUCCAUGUCUGAGCGUGACUUUGCCUGCCCGCCCAAGAGACCAAGGCAUAGUUUGGAGACCGAUCCUUGCCAGGGUUUUGAGGAUAACGUCCUGAUGCGCCGUCCUCAGCGUCAGCAUUCCGAGUACCACAAUAGUUUAGAGCGCUUUCUGGUCCCAGAUACAUGUGCUCGGGAUAGCUGUGGAAGCCAGAGCCAGCGAAGCAACUCAGGCAAUCGGCGCGGCGGCUUCUUUGAGGACUAUAAUUCGGACAAUGACUCCUACCACUCGCUAUCACGCAGCUCUUCUUUGGUGCUGUUUGAGUCCCUCGAGCGGCAGCUUACACUCCAGGAGCAACACCAAAGUAUGAGCACUUUGGGCAACAGCUCGCCCUCGCUUUUUACCUGCGAGCUAGGUGCCUCAACUCGACCCAGUGACAGCAAUCCAGAGAGCAGAAGGGAAUCUUCGUCGUCCCUGUCGCUAAUAAAGCGAUAUGAGUCUAGCGAUGGUCGUCUGCAUCAGACGUACUACGAGCUGAACAAGCUUAAAUUUGAGGACCAGCAGCGACUGUUCUUCAAGUGCGCGCACCAGACUGAACUGAAGUCCGACUCGGAGACCUGCUCCAGUUCCAGCUCGUCCAGCGAUAGCAGUAGUCACAGCCUUCAAAGAUCGUAUCUCGGCAGCGGAAAUGCAAGGAUAACUAAAAUUCAGUCUAUAACGGCCACCCGGCGAGUGCCGCCCAACUCUACCAAAAAUCGAUCGGAAGUCUCUGGCUACUGUGAGCUCAGAACUCUGCAGCUAGAAAAGUCUAAAUGCACACCAAUGAAUUUCGAAAAGCUCAGCGAGGAGGAGGAGGAACUGGUGCUACUGGAGGAGGGCUCGCCGCAUUCCCGAAACUCUCCUGAUUUGUGUCUGCCCAAAAUAGAGCAGACUACGGACACCGCCGCAACGCCAUGCUCUCCGUGCUCUCCUUCGUUGUCUAUUUAUAGUUUUCCUGAGAGGGCCGGCUCUCAGACCGAAAUGUCUUCGCCUCUUCCGUCCCCGACCGGAUCGACCACAUCAACGUCGUCUCUCGCCUCGUUUACUUGUCUACGUAACAGUUUGCCCGACAUCCGCGAGCCGCGAGGUCCACUCUCAUUUCGAAUUGGCAACCUGUAUUCCCCUUACAGCUCCGUUCUGGGCCCAAGCAGCCACAGCUUCCGUAGCCAGAGCAGCAGUUCCAACGACAGCAGCUUGCCUACAACGACCUCUUUUCCCAACGAACUGCAACAGCUUGGACUGCGCCGCCGCCUGCGUCACAACCAGCACACGAACAGCAGCGUGAGUAACAGCUGCAGCGAGGCGUUUUUCUUUGCGCGAGACCAAUCCCGCGACGACUUUUUCCUUGAAUGUCAGAGUAUUCGGAGGAGCUGCAGCGUGAGCGAGAGUGCCAGGCGAACAUUGUGUGUGGCCAGUGCAGGGUAUCUUAACGCUAGCUACCAAAACCUUACACUUCUGGACUACACGGACGCUUGUCCGCCAAAAGAGCAUUUAGGGAGAAAUCACAAGAGGAGCAAGUCGGAAGACAUGUCGGGAGGUAUCUACGAACAGAUUAUCUGCAAGAACAACUUCUUGCUGGACGAAAUCAGCAAGAUAUAUGACAAAAAUAUUUCCAUACUGACGGAUAAGCCGAUUCAGGAGGAGACGUUGCCGCCGCCAGGGGACUGUAUUUCUAAUGCACCCGAGGAGCCCCAAAUGCAGCACGUGCAGCUGAUUAUUAAGCAGCCACCGCGCCACAAGGGUUCGGCUAGUAACCCCAAACAGUCCUUCGGCAAGACUUUUGACCAAGACCCAACCAAUCUGAGCACCAAUUACGCUCAGAGCCUUGAGCACUGUCACUUUGACUUGCAGAACAUUGCGGUUCCGUGCCACCAGCAAGUCAUCUCGCAAAGACCACUGCCGAAGCGGCAGUUUCAGUCCUUAAAGCAACGCAGCCUGGUAAGCAGCACGCCAAAUCUAUCGGCUUGUGACAACGACCGGCAGGAGCCGGAGGACGAAAUCUACGUGAAUAGUGCUCACACCUCAAUGCACCACUUGCCUAAACCUUUAGGUAUACUACUGCACGCCGGGUCGCGACACUCGUUUGGCAAGGAAGUUAGCUUCUGUCCGGUGGUGAGCAAGUACUGCUGGCAGCCAAACGACGAUCAGUGUCAGUCCAGCGAGCAGGGUCCCUCGAGCGACGAAGAUAUGCAGGACGCUACUGUAGUGCACAACACUAAAGAGAAUGAAAACAUUUCCUCGCUUUACGAACAAAACCAGGCGCUGCACUUAAGAGAGUCGUCGAUCGAAGAGAACGCCACCACCGAAUAUAAAGUCAACAUCGCCACACCCGAUUGCUUCGGUCAAAGAACCGAAGCUAAAACCACUUCGGAAAGCGAGCUUGCAACAAGCAGCGCAGUCAGUCUUGAACCUUGCGUUGUCGCAAACUUGUCGUUCAAUUCAGCACAUGAAGCGAACGCACGACCCCUGAGUCUAACCCUGCCUAUUCUAAGCGAGCCGCCUACCAACCGCGCCCUCCACAUUCUGUACGCCUCACAGCAACUGCUUGAGCUUAACGAGAGUCCCCAGACAAGCGAGAUGCUGCCAACCACGACUGUGGGCAGGGCCGACGAAAAACAGCCCGGCCCUAAGGGCUUCCUUUCCAGAAUUACCAACGGUCUCCGCUUCUCUCUGCGCCGAAAAAAAAAGCUACAGAAUCUGGAGCAUCGUGACGAGAAGGGGACGCCUAAUCAGAUAUUGGUGCUCAAGGCUUCGCCCAUUAAGAAUAGCACCGGAAGCGCCAAGUCAUGCGACAGUUUGCAUAUCCCGCUGAAGCCAUCGAGAAUACCACAAUUGGAAGACAGCAAGGCAUGCACUGCCAGUGUAAACAGCAGCCGUCAGCUGGGGCACCUAGGCAAGACCCCAACCCUGCAAAAAGUGGUGAUCUGUAAGCCGCCGCUGCCCAAGCUGCCAACCCGGAGUGGCAACCAGUCACCUUCGCCUUUGGGAGUUGCUGCUAGCGGCACCACAGCUGCCAAUGCCACCGAACUGCUUCUAAGUGCCGAACAGGAACAGUACAAGCUUGUCGGUAAUCAGUUGACGGCGGACUUUAAUGCGGAAAAUAUGCGGGGCACUAAGUUACCAUCGCGGGUGAGCGUCGCACUAACGACGAAUAUGUUCACGGCCAGGCCCACUGUGGUUACCGCCGUUCCGGUGGCUGUUCCUCCCAUGCGAGAGGGAGGUAAGAUGGGUUUGAUCGAAACCAAUCUGGACACUCAUGAAACGGUCAUUUCGGGGAAGACGCGUUCGCUUAUGGACAUAAAAUUCAACCCUCUUAGCUUUUCGAACAAGGCUUACCUUGUAAAGCGUCUAAAUUUGACCAGGGCUAUCUACGACAUGGACAAUAUAGACGGAGAAGCUGUCAUACCCUCUACAGGCAAAGGUUGCGUCCCAAUCGCGUCCGUUCGCAGGCCGCACAAGAGUAUGGAGUUUCUGAUGGACAAGGAGAAUCAGAAGUUUGUUUUGAGUCUCCAAAGCUGCAUCUUCAAACUUUUUCACGGGACCCGGCCGAUCCUUGUCUUCCACGUCAUAAUCACCAUUUUUGAAUUUCACGAACCAUUCUCGGCACGUUCUUUCACUGAUACACGACUCACUAUAUGUUGCCACAAUCAUUUGACGCACUUCAGCAACAGAUUUUUUUGGAUGAAACGCGAAAAGCAAAAUCUCCCGCAAAUGACGCUUAUCCGGUUAAAAUUUCGACGUAUUCGCGCACCAACAAAAAAAUGGACAAUGAGAAUAGACGAGCGAGAUGAUGUGGAGUUGUUGACCGAUACCUAAGCUUGCUAUGUGAUG